AUGCUUCUCCUUUUACUGACGCUGUGGGCUUCAUCCUCUUCUCAUGCACUAGAUCGAUGUUCUGAUGCACCUGAAGAAGGCAUUCGCAUAAUAUGUGAGCAGAUUCAGCAAUGGGAUAAGAAUUCUCGAACUGUAGCACCUACUGUUCGACCACUUAACUCGGCUCAUACGGCACUGUUAGAGAGCUCAAGUAGAGUUCCUUCUUCGUUCUAUGAUUGCAUGGAUAUCCCAUGCCUCUGUGGGUAUUUUGAAGGGCUUAUGAACAAUGGUUGGUGUAGACUACCUAAUGGUCAGUUCUUAGGUAAAGCAUUACGUAAGGAGUACCGACAGAUGACAGAUCAAGAGAGAUCAAACUAUCAUGCUGCAACAUGGAAAAUCAGGAAUGAUGGCAGUUAUGGAGAUUUAUCUCGUAUACAUUCAAAUUUCACAAUUGCCGCAGGGGCACAUUCGGGUCCUGCAUUCCUUCCAUGGCAUAGAGAGUUCAUCAAAAGAAUGGAAUUUGCAUUGAGGAAGAUCGAUCCAACGAUAUCCUUACCUUAUUGGGAUUCCACACUGGACAACAACAUACCAAACCCUUUGGAUUCAAUUCUGUGGGGAGAAGAGCUGAUGGGUUAUCCGAGCAUGGAGAAUACGUUACUAAGCGGAUCAUUCUCUCAUUGGAGGACAGAUGAUAAUGCUCGCUACGUUCGUCGUUGUCUAGGUGAACAAGCGGCCCUUAUGAAUGAAGAACAUAUAAAAUCUUUUAUGGCCUUCACCAAUAUUAAUGAUGUUUUGGCUUCAACGGCUGCUCGAACGGGAUGUCCUCGAACAGCUUCUUGGAGUUCACUUGAAUUCACACAUGGAAAUCCACAUGUCUAUGUUGGAGGUGAUAUGCUUGUUACUACAAACUCUACAAACGAUCCAUUGUUCUUCUUACAUCAUUCAUUUAUUGAUUUACUCUGGGAGAAUUGGAGACAAUCUAAACAAAGUCCAAUUGAAAGGGAAUCUCAAUAUCCCGAAAACGAUGCCGCAUGUUAUAGUAUGUCUCACUUCUCUAACUCCAUUAUGCAGCCGUUUGUUCAUUUGACCAAUGCAGAUGGUCUUUCGAAUAAGUAUGCAGAUCUUAAUGAUUACCUUGCAAGACCAACUUGCAGCCUUAGCAACCCUGAUUGCAAAUCCAGGUUCCUCUUCUGUGAUAUAUCACAUGGUCAACCGCGAUGCGCAGCAAGAAUACGUCGAGGAGGGAAUUGUACAGGAUUCACAAACGGAGAGUUUCCGUGUUAUGAGGGACAAUGCCUGCGCAACAUUUGCACCGAAACUGAUAUUCAAACCUCUACCACACUACUGACUACUUCUGCUUCGAUUACUCCAACUACUCGACAGACUUUGCCCGGCACAAGUUCAACAGUUGAAAGCACAACGCUUGUUACCAUUACUUCCUCACCUGUUACAUCUUCACCCACAACUUCACCCAUGAUGUCAACCACAAUCUCCUCGACCUUGAGACCUCCAACUACUGCUCUGAAAGCCUGUUUGAAUGAUAACCAUUGCUGUCAAGGUUGGGCAGAUUAUGGAGAAUGCAAAAACAAUCCGGGAUAUAUGAAUAAGCAUUGCAUGGCUUCCUGUACGGUUUGCAGACCAUCAUUUGAUCUUUCCAUUGAAUGUGAUGACCGUGCAACUGACUGCGAUGUCCGAAUAGCAAACAUAGGUUGUUCAACACCCUGGAUGUUUGAAAACUGUCGACAGAAGUGUAAAAUGUGUAAUCAGACAAGGAAAUGGCAAUGUACCUUGAUGGGAACUUCCACAAGCCCUAGUGUAACAACGACAACAUCAAUGACAAGACUGGCAACAUUGACGACUGUCCCCUCAGUAACACCAAGCUCAACAACGACAAGAAUAACCCCAAUUACAUCCUCAACAAUAUCGUUCAACUCCACCUCUACUAAGAUCCCUGUGAACCUAACAGUUUCCACUACUGCCAGCACACGAACUACUACUACGCCUGUUCGGACUACUGUUCCCCAGCUGCCACCAACAACGAAGCCUACAUGUUGGAACUAUCACUACUGCUGUGAAGCUUGGGCGUUCAAAGACUAUUGUACAUCAAAAAACAACUCAGCAUACAUGAAUCAUUAUUGUGCUCCAUCCUGCAGCACAUGCAAGAAAGGCUCCCAUCCACCACACUCAAGCAACCAAGCGUGCCAGGACAAUCAUCCCACUUGUGAAUACUGGGCAUCUAAGAAUGAAUGUACACUGAGUUCAGAGUUCAUGUUCGAGAACUGCAAACUGUCCUGCGGAAAAUGCGACCUUCUGAACAUGAAAGCCCGUCUAGAUCUCUGUGGCUACCGUAAUCAACUUCGAGACUCUGAAAGCUCAGCUUAUAAGGAAUUCUUCGAGAUCAAUCCCUGGGAAAUGAUAGAUUUCAAGUUGAUGCGAAAGCUUCAUAAAGCCAAAACUGAAUUUACUGGUGUCUGA